AUGGAAUACGAUAAUGAUGAUACUUGGCGCCGUUCAUCAUCACCUCAGUUUAAGGAAAAGAAAAUAUGUAAACCAUUACCAAGGAGGUCAACCACUACUGCAGUUAUUGUCCUUGGCCUGGCAGUCUUAAGUUGUUUAAUGGGAUACUGUGUUCUAAGUGAAACCUUACCCUAUGAAUCGAAAACCUUGCGACUUGUUAUUAUAUUUUUUCGGCAUGGGGCUAGGGCACCAGUUAGCUCAUAUAAAAGUGAUCCCUUUAAAAACUAUCAGUGGCCAGAUGGCUUAGGAAGCUUGACUAAUGCAGGUAAACUGCAACUAUAUGAGCUGGGAAGGAAAUACCGAAGUUAUUAUGCUAAUUUCAUUCCUGAAGAGUAUCAAGAGAAAGAUGUUUAUAUUAGAAGCAGUGACUCUUCCCGUUGUUUAAUGAGUGCUUACACCUUCUUAGCAGGAUUGUAUCCUCCUUAUGAAAGACAAAUCUGGCAUCCUGAGAUAUUAUGGCAGCCCAUACCUGUACACUCUUUACCGAGACAACUUGAUAAUCUAGUAGCAGCCACGAAACCAUGCAAGUCCUGGAAGCGAAUGUACCAAGAAUUGCUAGCUGAAAAAAAUGCUGAUAGUAAAUACACAGAGUUGUUCGACUAUUUAAGUAAACAUACAAAUCAAAGUAUGAGAAGUAUUUUAGAUGUAGAUUUCUUUUAUAGUACAUUACAAGCUCAAUACGAAGCAGGCUUGAAACUUCCGGAGUGGACUAAAACAGUUUUUCCUACUAAAAUGAGACCACCGUUUAUGUUGAGUUUGGCAUUAUUAUCAUAUAAUGAAUCAUUACAAAGAUUACAUACUGGCCCGCUUUUAAAUAACAUAAGAUCACACCUACAAGAGGCAGUAAUGCACACAAACACGGAUCGGGCACUAUACAUAUAUUCAGGGCAUGACGUCAACUUGGUAUCAUUAAUGAGAGCAUUGGGUUACACAGAGAUGUUAGAGCCGGAGUACGGUGCAAGCAUUUUGCUGGAAUUGCACGAGGAGGUCGAACAGGACAAAUUUUACGUCAAGCUCUUCUAUCGCAACAAUACGAAGAUAGAAGUUCCAAUGGAACUAAGAGUACCCAAUUGUAUGGAACCUUGCACUUAUGAGAAAUUUGUUGAACACCUUGGCACUCUGAUACCACUGGAUUGGGAAGCGGAGUGUCAAAAUUAA